AUGUCAAGCAACGAAUCCCAUCAUAUAUCAAUGGAACAGACAGAAGGGACUAGUCAGACAGCCAGUCGAUGGCGCGAUAACCGCAAAAAGAGUGAGUUUUCAAACCCAUUAAAUGAUCUUCGUCGAUUUUUAAACAAUCAUAUUGGAAGCGGUAACGUGCGGAAUUCUUCCAAGAAAGAGGGCUCUCAGAAGCAUGAACGCUCGCGUGCCAGUACAAUGAGCCACCGAGACAUAGAUUUACCGCCUUGGUCUGGUGCUGGUAUUUCGAAAAAGUAUGGCAAGUUUGGAAAAACGCUUGGCAUUGGUGCUGGCGGCACGGUUCGUGUCAUCAAGCGGUCCAAGGAUCAGGCCCAACUAGCCGUUAAAGAGUUUCGGCACAGGCGUCCCGAUGAAAGUGAGAAAGAAUACAUCAAGAAAGUGACGGCAGAGUUUUGUAUCGGAAGUACGCUUCACCAUAUCAACAUUAUCAAGACCUUGGAUAUUAUUCGAGACAAUGAUCUCUUUUUCGAAGUCAUGGAAUAUGCUCCUAUUGAGCUAUUUGCCAUCGUAAUGAGCGGCAAGAUGGGAUUCAAUGAGAUCAAUUGUGUUUUUCGUCAAAUUGUAGAUGGCGUUGACUACCUGCAUGGCCUUGGACUGGCGCACCGCGAUCUCAAAAUCGACAACUGUGUCAUGACCUCGGAUGGGAUAGUCAAGAUCAUUGAUUUUGGUACAGCCACUGUGUUUCAAGUGCCAGGCAAAAGCGCUUUGUUUGCCACGGGCAUAGUAGGGUCUGACCCAUACCUAGCGCCAGAGGUCCUCUCGCGACAGACUUACGAUGCGCGCUUGACAGACGUCUGGAGCCUUGCAAUCGUUUACAUUUGUAUGGUCCUUAAAAGGUUCCCUUGGAAGAUACCUGAUCCCGAAUUGGAUCCUAGCUUCAAGUUAUUUUUGCUGGCCCAUCCUGAGCUGGGCGGCAUUAAGCCUUCAAGCCUUCUCGAGGACGACGAAGCCCAUGAUGAGCCUAUGAUCAGCGACCAGUUGCCAGAAACCCGUUACGGAACUGUCUUGCAAUCAUCGGGUGCUCAUCGGCUGCUUGACCAAUACACGGGUGAUGGCAAUGUUAAUGCUAUUCCCACUGCCAAAGAAGCUGGUUACGAUAUAUCACUCGCUAUCCCGACCAGUGACGAAUCGACAACCGUAACACCUGUUGACACAAACGAUGGCCAGGUGCCUCGUGAUAUACCACCAUCACACGAAGAACAUCAAGACUUGCUUGAUGAGCGUCACUAUCAUGAGCAGGAGCUUUCCAGUGAAGUGCAUUCGCCGAAAGACCACGAAAUGUCGAAGGAAAAGAAUGGCACGAGUCCUGAUGAGGAUCCUCAACCGCGUGCGGCCGAUAGUCUGUUCAGGAUUCUACCGCUUCGUCCACGUAUGUGCCUAUCACGCAUGUUGGUUCUAGACCCAAAGAACCGCGCAACGUUGGGUGAUUUGCUUCGUGGAAGAAGUUAUGGUGGCACUGACGGCGCUAUUUCUGCCACCGCUUACGCACAACAGCAACAAGCUGCAGAGGCUGAACAGAUAUCUCCACUCGUAAUGCCUGUGGAUACAAGUCAGAUUAGGAACAACACAUCAAGAAGUGCGCCUUACGGAACCAUGGAGCCAUACGUUGAUGAGUUUGAAAAUGAUGAGGACUAUGGUGAUGAGUGGCUCAAGGGAAUCAACACUUGCUCACAUUGGCGAUUAAGUUCUACAACAUCUGGAUGCUCGUCUACUGUGGACACUCAUACACUUGUGGACGUGCCCGCGACUAUGACCAACUCCCUUGAACCUGCGAUGCAUGACAAAAACUGUUUUGCGGAUAUGGGAUUCCGAAGCAUCAAUGACAUCAUGUCAGGUAUUGCGUGUCGACCCCCACCUAAUCAUACACAUGCAUCGCUCUCGGCUUUGCAAGAACACAAGCGCAGAUUGUUCCCUCGUAGAGAUUGA